AUGCUGCGCACAGCUUUGCCAGCAACAACUGCAGUAUUUCCACGUGGUUUCCGAUGGCCACACUGGAGGCCUUUGGUGCUGAGUGCCGCGCAGUUCCUGCACAUCCUUAAAAAGCCGGAUUUGAUGAGCCAAGCUUACAUUGGAAAUGCUGGACAUGAGUUAUCCUUGCUGUCCGGGACGCGUCGCGGAAAAGUCCUGGAGCAAUUUUGCAAGAAGGAGCUGGCGCGGUUAAAUCCGAACAGCAAAAUUGAAGAACCUGCUGAAGGGACUCGUUUCGAUGGAACUCGCAGGUCACUUUACCACUCCGAAUACGACUUUACCAUGGAUGGUCGGAAAGUUGAGUGCAAAAGUUCACAAUUGUCUUGGAACAACCACGCGAAGUGUUGGGGCUUCCAGUUUUCCAGCAUCAAGCUGCCAUGGCUAGGUUUUCGGGAUCAAGCUCCAUUUGAUGAUUUGUAUCUCACACUGUUUAGCCCAGAUAGCUUACACAUCAUCAAGCAUGACCUUCAGACAGGAGUCUCCAAAGUUGGCGAGUUAACAGGGAGGAGUGGGCACAAGAUUUUUGUCAGUGGUGCGCGUGGGCAAGAGGGCUGGCAAAGUGCACGGUCUCAAAUUCUUGGCAAGCUUCUGGCUGCAGGACACUGCGAACUUGUGGCUCACAUAGAUUUAUCAGGCACAGAAGUUAGGGCCUUUCUAGCGGAGCAAUUGGAAGGAAUGGCAGCACGGCAGGACCACGAAUACAAGGGGGUACCGCUGAACCACACAGGGCCAGAGCUGCGGGGCUUUCGAAUUGAGAAGAUAGCUUUCGAAGUGGAUCGGAUUCUCCAUCCACAUGUUUCUUUUGAGUUUUCCAGAUCGUCUUCUGAGGUAGACUGGGUUCGUGGAGAUGUGAAAGUGGAAAACAAGCACGGACAGAUGCUCUUUGAUCCGGGCAGGGGGUGUUGGUAUUGUAAUUUCUUUUCGAUCAAGUGCGCAGGUGCUAACGUUCGCGCGCAUAAUCUUUUUGAUGAGCUUUGGCUUGCAAUCUACAGCCCCUUUGGCCUGCACUUCCUGAAACAUCCUGGCGACUUCGACCCAAGCGUGAUGCAGGGUCCGCGUGGAAAACACCUGAGGCUUUCUGCACCUAGACAUGUGCUUGAUGUCAAGGUCGCGCUCGACCACAUGCUGAAAAAGAUGGAAGUUGAUUGGGGCUGCCAGCCUUUAGCAACAGUCCUUUGGGACACCAGUGGUUAA